UGAAGCAUUGCUAAUUCUGCAUUUUGUUUGAGAAAUUGUUGGCGUAACACUUGAAAUGGCUUAUGAAGCUGUGGAAUCCCUGCAACAAACCUUACUUCAAAUCCUUGUACGCGGCAAUUUUCUCAUCAGUCCUCCUGUUAAAUACGACCAAAUUGUAUCCAUCCUCCACAAAGCUGUUAUCUUGCAAUUGAAUAUCAAUCAUUUUCCAGAUAAAGAAACGAUAAGGGAGGUUGCAAAUACAACUGCAGAUAUUAUUCAAUAUCUCUUCUCCCCACAAAAUCUCACAGAUUGUGGAUCCAUAGACCCAACUGUCAGAGUUUCAUAUCAAUUGGGGGAGUUAGCUGAGGAGCUCGAUUCAACUGUUGGAUAUUUGGUUGACUACAUACAGCAACGGAGUGAUUCUGCACUCGUUGAAGAUCCAACGGAGCUGAUUGCAAUAAAUACAAACGGGUUGAGGAUAUUAGCGGAGAAAUUUAAGUCAACAAGGAGAGAAUUAGAAGUUGAAGAUCUGAGUAUUUCACCUCCACUCACGAACAAAGAUGUUGCGGCGGGUUUUGAUGAUCAUCUCACUGAUUCUGCUGCUUUUGCAUCAUCAUCAAGACCUACAAGCAAAUAUGACUUUGCUGAAGAUCCGAGUGAAUUACCAUCAAAUUCUCCACCCACGACCAAAAACGAUGUGGUUGUUGGUUUUGAUGAAGAUAUAGCACAGAUGGCGGACCGAAUAACUCACUGUCCACCCGAUUCCUACCUAGAAAUCCUCCCUAUUGAUGGAAUGGGAGGCAUUGGUAAGUCUACACUUGCUAAAUAUGUUUAUGACCAUCCAUUCAUCACAGAGCAUUUUGAUAUUCGAGCUUGGGUCACAAUAUCACAAGAUUAUAGUUUACCAAGUAUUCUCUCACAAUUACUAGCUUCAUUCAGAGGAAAAGUAGAUCGAGUUGGAAGGGAUUCGUUGAAAGGAAUGGAAGAGAAGCUUGAAAUUUACAAAAUCUUAUCGGGUAGGAGGUAUCUCAUAGUAAUGGACGAUGUGUGGAGUGCAGAAGCUUUGCAUCACAUAUGGGGGCUAUAUCCGAACAAACGGAAUGGAAGCCGUAUCAUAUUAACCACAAGGCUAAUGGAUGUGGCAACUUAUGCUGCCACGAGCAGAAAAUUCAUAUGAUGCGUUUCUUGGAUGACGAACAAAGUUGGCAUUUGUUCCACCACAAGGUUUUCGGAGAUCAAGAUUGUCCUCAUGAGCUACAAAGUGUUGGGGAAAAAAUUGUGAAAGGUUGUGGAGGAUUGCCACUUUCAAUUGUUACUGUGGCAGAACUUUUAUCGAGGAUUCCUAGAACUCCAAAGUUGUGGAAGCAAAUUGAAAUAAAUGACGGGCAGUUGGGAACAAUAGUAUCUUUGAGUUACAACCACUUGCCUCCACAUUUGAGGAAGUGUUUCUUGUAUAUGGCAGGCUUCCCUCAGGAUUAUGAGAUUCGUGCCUCUGAACUCGUUAAACUUUGGGUAGCUGAGGGCUCUAUGAUAGAGCAAAAUGAAUCUAAGAGCAUAGAAGUGGCAGCAGAGGAGUGCUUGGAGGAUCUGAUCAAGCAAAGUCUAGUUUUGAUCACUAGCUGGAAAAUUGAUGGCAAAAUCAAAAGUUGUCGGCUGCAUAGUAUGGUGUGGGACUUUUGUGUGAUACAGGCCGGGGAAGAUAAGUUCCUUCUUCCUGUUAUGGAGUACUUCCCUACUGCUAUCUUAAGAAAACAUUUUCUUCCACAAGUCCUCCAAAAUCAUCCCCGCAUAAGUGUUAGCUGGCAUGAUCUUAAUCUUAAAGACUCCAUGCAUAGCUCGUGCACCACUUCUAUCAUAUGCGUCCCACAAAGAGGGUAUAGGCCCAAAGGCUCUGUACAAAACUUUACUUCACUCAGGGUCCUUCAUGUUUUACGUAGAGAUGAUCGUUCAUAUUGGGAACUUGAGUGUUUGAAUUGAUUUAUCUCACUUACCUUGCUUCCAACAUUCCCGAUGGUAUUGUUCCUCCAGCUAUAGCGAAGCUUCAGAAUCUGCAAACUUUAAUUAUUUAUAGAUCUGAGGUUCAUUUGCCGGUGGAGAUUUGGAAUAUGAGGAAGUUGAGGCAUCUUAUCGCCUUCUCAUUUCAUCCUUUACUCCUUCCCGAUGGAGCAACUCUUUCUCUAGAUAACUUACAAACGCUUUCUAAGGCAACAAACUUUGUAUGUAGUAAAAGGAUGAUGGAUAUGAUCCCAAGCAUAAGAAAGUUGGGAAUAUGCUACUCUGAAGAGAACUUUCGUUUAGGUUACCAUCUUGACAAGGUUAUACAUUUUCUUAAACUUGAGAAGCUGAAAUUGGAUAUGCAUAAUUCAUCUGUGCCACGUCUGGAUCCUAUUUUUCCUCUGUCACUGAAGAAGUUGGAAUUGGAAAUGAGUGGUGGGUGGAUUUCUCGGAGAGAUAUGACGGUGGGUCUGAAUCCUAUUUUUCCUAUGUCACUGAAGAAGCUGGUAUUGAGUGGCGGGUGGAUUUCUUGGAGAGAUAUGACGAUUGUUGGUUCAUUGCCCAAUCUUCAAGUAUUGAAACUGAAGAACUAUGCCUGUUCUGGGGAGCAAUGGGAAACCAUUUUCGGGGAAUUUUGUACGUUGAUACAUAUGCUUAUUGAUGAAUCAAAUCUCAAGUGUUGGAGAACUAAAAGUUACCACUUUCCAAAGCUCUGGUGCCUAAUGCUUCAUCGUUGUCCGUACUUGGAUGCAAUUCCAUUUGAUAUUGGAGAGAUUCAAACACUUAAACUGAUUGAGAUCGACGAUCAUAACCAAUCUCUUUUGUACUCGGCAAAAAAUAUACAGAAGGAACAGCAUGAACCUUGGCGCAAUAGUGAACUAAAAGUGAUGGUGAAGCGUUCUUGAUCAUGUUUCAAACUUGACUGUGUGCUUCAUAUCAGAUGGAGAGCUUUGAUCAAUGGUGGGUGAUGUUGUUUGCAAGCAAGUUUCAAACAGCCAUGGAUGAUAAAUAUUGUGUUAUAUGUAUAUCUCAAAGUUAAAUGAGUGUUUGGGUUCACAUUCUU